CUGGGUGAAGAAUUCUAUGAUACAAAUGAACUUCCAUCAAAAAGUGCAAAUCUUCUUCCGGAAUUUACAAGCCCAGCAUGGAUGUUGGAACAGGUAAUCAAGAAGUAGUAUAGUUUGGUCUCAGGCCACAAAAAAUUUCAAACAGUACCGUAAUAGAAAAUGUGAUUGCUAUCAACCAUUUACGAUGUAAAUCCUAAUACCACUGACCAGGCCAACAGUAGAUAAAUAAUAAUACUUAAAGUCCUAUAAACUCAUAUAUUUUUAAAAAAAAAAUUAAAAAUUAGCUGCAUUGCUGGGUUAUCAGGUAAAACACUACUUUUUACAAAAUUAAUUUAUCAAGCUCAGCCUUUUUUUUUCUGUAUAUGUCUCAAGUCUUCUGGAAAAAUAAAAGCUAGAAAAUAUUUGCGUUAAAAGGUAUCCAUUCAGAUUUUAUUAAGAGCCUACUUAUAUAAUCCUAUGACAGAGCUUUGUUUAGAGAAGAAUGCAUUUAAACUGCUAGGAUUUUUAAGUUCAUGUGAAUAAAUGCGCAUUAAUUUAUUGCAGAAAACAAUUAGUGUAUAGAAAAGGUAGUUUCUUUUGUUACAUGUCUCAUACUUUUUGUGCAGGGUUGGUCACUUGACAGUUGCAUGGAUGAGAAGUCUAAAGCCACUAUUGAAAAGAUGCUUCUCGAAGAACAGUAUCCCUAUAGUUAUUUAAAUGAUUUUAAAUAAAAUUGGAAAGUCUUUCCUUUUUUAAAAAUAAGAAAUAUAUAGCUUAGCACCAUUGUACACGUGUUUUAGCCACUUUUUCCAAUAAAAAAACCAAGUGAAUGUUUCAAAUUAAAAAAAAAAAACGGUAUAUGUUUAUUCAAAUGGACUUUCACUGUCUUGCUUGUUUGCUUAUUUUGAUUGAUUAAAACAAAAUGAGGUUAAUUUCCUUGACUUUUUAUGAAGACAGUACAUGUAUGGUCGUAAAACAUCUCGAUAUCUAAGCAUUAAAAAGAAUGUUCUUCUUGUGACUGCGAGCACCAGUAAGGCCAGCACACCAAACAAAAGUCCUUGGACACAGGAGGAAAAGAAUACUUUCUUACGAGGCAUGGUAAGUAACGCUUUCUUUUAA